CAAUCAGCAAACUCGAUUGGUUAAUAACAAACAUGUUGUCUUCAGCUGCCUUCGUAGUCUUCUUGAUCUGCAGUGUAACCGCAGCUGCGCCGCCUAGAUCCUUUACGAGGUUUCAACGUGUCGAAGCUGAACCCUUACCACCAGUACCUCACACGGUGUACGGACCACCCACACAACAACCAGAACCGAUGCAAGAAUACGGCCCACCCAAGGAAAGCACCACCACUGAAGCUGAAGCUGAAGUGAGUUUGACGACGACUGAAGCAGCUGAAACCAUCACCGAAACCGAAGCUACCACCGAAGCUCAACUAAGUGAAUUAAAUGAUGCUUCAGAGCAGGGUGCUUACUACAUAUAUCAUCCAAAUGGAGUUUUGCAAAGAGUAGUGUACAACACUUUUGACAAUCAGCAGAAGAUGGAGUAUAGUGCUAAGUUAAAGUACCAAAAUGUACCUACCAUAAGAGGACCUAUUUACACUUACGAUCCAGAGACUUUUGAGUACACCAGAUUGGCCUAA